AUGUAUGGACUAUUUUUUGGUACGUCAUCUUCCGCUCGGUGGUUUCUUCCGCGGUAUAUCAAUUUCCCUCCGUCCGAUCCAAAAAUCUCGUACCUCCGGUUCCUCCGCUCCGGUUCCGCGCCCGCGGUGCACAAGCACCAUCCGCAUCGCCUACCUCCAUCUCCUCCGCAACAACUAUCGCCCUAUCUUGCCGCCGCCGCUGCCCACCUUGCACGAUCCAGCUCCUCCCCGCCGCUUGACAACACCGUCUCCACGCCCACCGUGACGCUCCACUCGAUCUUCGUACCCCCCUAUGCGCUCGCCAGAUCCCCCUCCGUCUACGCCACCGCGGUCGACGCCGAGGACCGGGCCGUCGUGCGCGUCCACGGCCCCGACGGUUGCCCCGUCGCGUGGCGCCUCCGCUUCUCCCUCCUCUACAAGGCGUCGGCGCCCCUCCUCCUCCGUGCCGCCGCCGUCCCCCGUCCUCCUCCGCACCGUCUCGCCAUCGCUGUCACCGUCCAGGUCUGCCCCGCGCCCCCCGUGGAUGUCGCGGCGGCUGAGCCAGCCGCGCUCGCCGUGCCCCUCUCUGCGCCCUUCACCAUCACGUCCUCGCGCCUCAACGCCGUCUCCAAUGUCGUCGUGCACAUCGAGCUCCGCAAUGGCACCAUCGGGUGGGGGAGGCCGCCGUGCUGCCAUCCGUCGCCGACGAGGACCAGCCGGCCGCGCUCGCGGCCUGCGGCGUCGCUCCGCGCGCUACUCGACGAGGGUGUUCUGGAAGCAAUCCGGAUCAGUUGUGCUAGCUAUCCAACAAAGAGGACAUUUGAUGAGCUCAUUAUUGAUCGGUUUGGAAUGCUUGCACCAGAGCUUGUGGACAGCUCUGAUGAGAAGGCCGCUUGUGCAGCCAUACGUGAUAGAAUGGGUUUGAAAGGAUAUCAGGUAGCCUAUGUCAAUGGGUGAAUACAGGAGAUAAAACAAUCUUAUACAGCAUAUACUUUUUUCGCAAGACCUCAUCUCGAAGAGCGAAUGCUGUGCGACUAAUCCAGAGGCGUAUAAAGACACAUCUUAUGCGAAAGGAAUUCAUCAAAUUACGAAAAGCCUCAAUUAAAUCUCAGAAGUUCUGGAGAGGUAUUUCUUCACUGCUCAGAGCACUUUGUGUCUUUAAGGUCAGUAAAACUGGUCGUACCUGAAACUGACGUAUAAUGUAAUCAAAUCCUGCAACAAGACUAGCUAGAAAGCUUUUUGAGUAUAUGAGAAGAGAUGCUGCUUCAAUUAGGAUACAAAAGCAUGCACACACCCAUUUUGCCAGAAAAGCGUACCUUCGAGUAUAUGAAUCAGUUAUAGUAAUACAGAUAGGAUUACGAGCAAUGGCAGCUCGCAAUGAACACAGGUUCUGAAGAGAGACCAGGGCUUCCAUAAUUAUCCAGACUCGAUGGCGCCAACACAAAGCUUAUGUUGCUUAUAAGCAGCAAAAGAGAGCUUCGUUGAUUCUUCAGUGCUUAUCACAGAUGCAAUCUUCCAUUUUUUUGAAUUCUUGCAAUCGAAAAGAAAUUAAGAAAGGUGAUUUGGAGAAUACUUAUAUGGGGCCAGAUUACAGUGGCAAAAUGAUUUUGCUCCUUGAUAUCCUGUCGAAAAGUUCUGAAUUGGGCGACAAGGUAUUGGUGUUUAGCCAGAGCUUGACUACCCUGGAUUUAGUGGAGUUUUAUCUGUCAAAGUUGCAAAUUAAAGGAAAAGAAGGCAGACAUUGGAAGCGGGGGAAGGAUUGGUAUAGGCUUGAUGGGAGCACUCCAUCUUCUGAUCGGCAGAAUCUUCUGGAGAUGUUUAAUGACCCUGAAAAUGCAAGAGUGAAAUGCACGUUGAUAUCAACUCGUGCUGGAUCUCUGGGCAUUAAUCUUCAUGCUGCAAAUCGUGUGGUUCUUUUGGAUGGAUCCUGGAAUCCAACACACAAUCUGCAAGCCAUUUAUCAAGUUUGGAGACCAAGAAGCUUUUUAGCAGACAGCAUGACUGCCCGCACAUCCCUGCAAUUUGAACUGCGGUGUGGCUAAUAAUCUUCAUGUUAAAUUGGCUAGAGGCUGUUGGAUUGGGGCACUACUUGGAUUGAUAUUUCUGUCAAAAAGAUUUUUGAAAUAUUACAUGGAAGAGGGAUUGGGUUAGAGAGGAGAGAAAGUAGCAUUCAAAUUAUAGGUAUUACUGUAGUUUCUUUAUGGUGAACUGUUCUGAAAAUUGCUUACCGCGUGCAUCUCUUGCUUUUCAA